ACUUGGCAAUUGGAUGCCAACGGAGAUGCAAUGAGUAUCAAAUUUAAGGUGAACGGAUUUCCAUACGAGGUCCAGCCGGCGGACUACGCCGUGGACAUCACACUCAACACUUUUCUUCGAGAACAUCUCCACCUGACUGCCACCAAGUACAUGUGUCUCGAGGGCGGUUGUGGCUCCUGUGUUUGUGUAAUCCAGCGUCGUCAUCCCGUAACUGGCGAAUUAAAAACCCACGCCGUCAACUCAUGCUUGAUGUUGCUCAACACCUGCAAUGAUGUUGACAUUAUCACAGACGAGGGAUUGGGUAACAAAAGCAGCGGCUAUCAUCCCAUACAGAAACGUCUGGCAAAGCUCAAUGGCACUCAGUGUGGCUACUGCUCGCCAGGAUUCGUAAUGAACAUGUACGGACUCCUCGAAGGUAAGGGAGGCGUGGUCACCAUGUCCGAAGUGGAGGAUGCUUUUGGCGGAAACAUCUGUCGUUGCACCGGCUAUCGACCUAUAUUAGAUGCCAUGAAGUCCUUUGCCGUGGAUAGCACCAUUGAGGUGCCAGCAGAAUGUAUGGACAUCGAGGAUUCCUUCAAGUUGCUGUGUCCACGAACUGGUCAAUGCUCAAGUGGAAGCUGCUCCCGGAAGAUGCUUCCAUGCCAAGACAAUUGUCAAUGGUAUUGGCCCAAGUCGUUAACAGAGUUGUUCGCUUCCUUAGAUCAAGUUCCCGCAGGAGAAGAGUAUAUUCUGGUGGGAGGAAACACAGCUCAUGGUGUCUACAGAAGACCGAAGAGUAUUCGGCACUACAUCGAUAUCAAUGAGGUGCCGGAGCUGAAGCAGCACAGCAUCGAGUCUGAUCAUCUGCUACUGGGCGCUAACAUGUCGCUGACAGACGCGAUGCAACUCUUCCAACAGGCCACAAGUCGCGCCGGUUUCGAGUAUUGUGCUCAGUUAUGGCAACACUUCAACCUGAUCGCGAAUGUGCCAGUCCGAAACAAUGGAACUUUGGCUGGCAACAUUUCUAUAAAGAAGCAACAUCCCGAAUUUCCCUCGGAUGUUUUUAUCACGUUUGAGAGCCUUGAUGCUCAAGUCCUAGUGCAUGAUAACGCACAUACCCAGAGAGUGAUGACCCUAUUGGAUUAUCUUCAAGAUCGCACUCCCAAAUUGGUUAUUGGUGCAUUUAUACUGCGAGCGUAUCCCAAAGACAAAUACCUUUUCAACUCAUACAAGAUUAUUCCCCGAGCCCAGAAUGUUCAUGCAUAUGUCAAUGCAGGAUUUCUAAUUGAAUGGCAAAAUAUUCAACGUCGCCAAGUCGGAUCGGCUCGUAUCUGCUUUGGAAAUAUUCAUCCAGGUUUUGUACAUGCUCAAAAUGUAGAACAGUUCCUGGUGGGUCGUGAUCUCUACGACAAUGACACUGUGGUGCAAGCCGUCGAACAGCUUCUGACGAUUUUGCAGCCAGUGGAAAUGCCACCAGAGGCAUCUCCUGAAUACCGCCAGAAACUAGCUUGCUCUCUGUUUUAUAAAUUUCUCUUGGGGUCUGCCCCUAAAGAGUUGGUUCGGGAGCGUCUUCGAAGUGGAGGACAAUUGCUUGAACGUCCCCUCUCCUCGGGCAAACAGUCGUUUGAGACUAUUCCCAAGAAAUACCCGGUUAGUCAGGUGGUUCAGAAACUAGAAGGUCUUAUUCAGUGUUCCGGGGAAGCUAAGUAUAUGAAUGAUUUGAUGACUACUUCCAAUGCUGUCUACUGCGCGUUUGUCACUGCAAAGAGAGUUGGAGCUACAAUAGAAGACAUUGAUUCCAAGGCUGCCUUUCAGUGCAAGGGAGUAGUGGCCUUUUACUCACUGAAAGAUAUUCCUGGAGACAACAACUUUAACAACACAACGGUAUUUACAGUAGAGCCAGAGGAAAUAUUUUGCGCUGGCCUUGUCAAAUACUACGAUCAGCCCCUUGGAGUCAUUGCUGCAACCAGUCAUGAUAUUGCGAUUUAUGCAGCCUCAUUGGUACAAGUCACUUAUGUCAACGAUCAAGUAAAGAUCUACACAAGUAUGAAUGCUGUGAUUGCAGAGAAGAAGGAGGAUCGCAUGUUUACAAACUCCAUAAACAUAGAGGAAGUAUCUCAACUUAUGCCAGAAACAGGCGACAUUACAGGCAAGGGAAUCUUACAGUUGGACUCCCAGUACUAUUUUACUAUUGAGCCUCAGACCACCAUAGUUGUGCCUAUAGAGGAAGUACUUCGUGUGUAUUGUGCCACACAUUGGAUGGAUGUAACUCAGGCUAGCAUUUCACGCAUGCUUAAGAUAGAAACCAAUAAGGUGCAAUUGGAAGUCAAACGCGUGGGAGGCAGUUAUGGUGCAAAGCAAACCCGGGCUAAUCAGGUGGCAUGUGCUUGUUCACUUGUUGCUUUCAAGCUGAAUCGACCAGCUCGGUUUGUGCAAACAAUCGAAUCUAUGAUGGAAUCGAAUGGCAAGCGAUGGGCUUGUAGAUCGGACUAUGAGUUUCAGGUGCGUGCCAAUGGAUCCAUUCGACGAUUAACGAAUAACUACUACGAGGAUGCGGGAUGUACUCUCAAUGAAAAUGUCGUAUUUUAUUUAACACAAGCAGCUAUUAGAAAUGUUUACAAUUUAACUGAUGCCAACUUUUAUGCAAAUGGAACGGCCAUUAGAACAGAUGCUGCAAGUAAUUCCUGGUUUCGUGCACCAGGCACAGCAGAAUCCAUCGCAAUGACCGAGACUGCGAUAGAGCACAUUGCGUUUGCUGCCAAAUUAGAUCCAGCUGAUGUUCGCCUGGCGAAUCUUCGGCCGGGUAAUAAGAUGCUACAAUUACUUCCUCGAUUCCUCGCAUCCACGGAAUAUCGAAAGCGACGAACCGAAAUCAACUUGUUCAAUGCACAGAAUCGAUGGCGCAAACGAGGAUUGGGAUUAUCAGUGAUGGAGUUCCCUCUGAAUGUGAGUUUUGCUUGGUGCUAUCCAGCAACUGUUGCCAUUUAUCAUGCGGAUGGAUCUGUGGUUAUUUCACAUGGAGGUAUUGAGGUUGGACAAGGAUUAAAUACAAAAGUUGCACAAGUUACUGCCUUUAUUCUCGGAGUGCCAUUAGAUCGUGUGCGUGUCGAAGCUAGCAACACAAUCUCAGGUGCCAAUUCUUUUGUGACAGCUAACUCAAUGACCAGUGACUGUGUUGGACGAGCUGUUCGUAAAGCAUGCGAUACCCUCAAUAAGCGUCUACAACCCGUGAAGCAGAGGUUGGGAGCCCAAGCCCAGUGGGAGGAGGUGGUGGAGGCUGCAUUUUCACAAUCGAUCAGUCUGAUUGCAACCGAGUCAUACGAACAGGGGGAUCAACCUAAUUAUAGCGUUUUCGGUUUGAGUCUCAGUGAACUGGAACUGGAUAUUUUGACUGGCAAUCAUUUGAUUCGACGCGUGGACAUUUUAGAAGAUGCAGGCGAGAGUCUCAGUCCCAGCAUUGAUGUUGGCCAGGUUGAAGGAGCCUUCGUCAUGGGAUUAGGCUAUUAUCUCACGGAACAUUUAGUUUACGAUCGUCAGACAGGGCGCAUUCUGACAAAUCGUACAUGGAACUAUCAUCCUCCAGGUGCUAAAGAUAUACCUAUCGAUUUUCGCAUUGAAUUGUUGCAGAAGAGUCCUAAUUCUGUUGGAUUUCUGCGUUCGAAGGCAAUUGGAGAACCACCUUUCUGCUUAGCUGUCGGAGUUCUCUUUGCUAUGCAGCAUGCUAUACAAUCUGCGAGGGAAGAUGCUGGGCUUCCCAGGGAAUGGGUUCGUCUUGGAGCACCAACAACACCAGAAACAGUUGUACUUUCCGCAGGGAGCGAAGUUCGCCAAUUUGCACUAAAAUAGAAAUCGAAAUAUUUUUACACGCCUUACUUAUAAGACAUGUCUGCAAUUUAUAUCAUUAUCCAUUUGCUGUUCAUUCAUUUUACCCAUACGGUAGAAGGGUAUUAUAACUUUGUACCGGCAAGAAAUAUAUGUCACAGGUAGAAGGAGGCAUCUCCGACCCUAUAAAAUAUAUAUAUUAUUGAUCAGCGUCAACAGCCGAGACGAUCCAGCCGUGUCCGUCUGUCCGUAUGAAACACUGGAUCUCAGAGACUAUAGAGCUGUAAUUUUUAGACAGCAUUUGUUAUGUUUGCACGCAGAUCAAGUUUGUUUCAAAUUUUUGCACGCCCACUUCCGCUCCUUGGUAAAUCAACAAAAAUCGAAUAACAAGCGCAAUUUUAAAGCUAGAGUGGUAUAUACAAUAAUAACCAUAGUAUGUUAAUUGUGAUUCCUGAAAUUUGGUUGCGAUCAGAUACAAAGUCUUAAAGCCAAAACGCGUCAGAGCGUCAACUCUUGCUUCAGGAAAAAGCUAAUUUUUGAAAAAUUGAAAUUAAAUAUCUUAAUUGUUCUGUUAGUUGGAUAAGUCGAUUUAAGGUCAGGCAUCGUCGACGGAACAGUCAGUGCAGAAUCUUUGUCUGUAACUUUCGCAGAACGUAUUUUUAAAAAUAUAUUAGAUGACGGACAUGAUAGCGACGACAACGUCGAUGAUCAAAAUAAAGAUGUAUCAGCACCUAGCGUUUUGGAGCCAUUCAAGGCUGCAGAAAUACUGAAUAGAUUUGUCCAUUCAAAUUUGAAUAACAAGAGUUUAACGACUGUUUAAUAUGUCAAAAACUACUGCUAAAUAUUAAAAAUUCACUGAUUUUUUAAAUUAAGACUAAAAAUAAAAACAUACAUAAAUUACUCUUGUUAUAUUAUGCUUAUGAAUAUGCAUUAUACGACUUAUUAUGAAAAACCCAUGUUAUUAAAUUAAAUUUAUUAAAAAAGACGCUCUGCCGGUAG